CAGAGGCGGACAAAUGGAAGUGAGAGUCGCGGCCCCACAGACAUUCCUGAGGAUCCCCGGGUGGCCUCAUGUCGCGCGGCGGAACCGAUUGCGAGCAGCGCCUGCAGGAGUCGGAGGCGGACUCAACCGCAGCAACCUUCCGGGCUAGCGAGCAUCAGCAUAUUCGCUACAACCCGCUGCAGGAUGAGUGGGUGCUGGUGUCUGCUCACCGCAUGAAGCGGCCUUGGCAAGGGCAAGUGGAGCCCCAACUUCUGAAGAUAGUACCCCGCCAUGACCCCCUAAACCCUCUGUGUCCAGGGGCCACACGGGCCAAUGGAGAGGUGAAUCCCCACUAUGAUGGCACUUUCCUGUUUGACAAUGACUUCCCAGCUCUGCAGCCUGAUGCCCCUGAUCCAGGACCCAGUGAUCACCCUUUGUUCCAAGCAGAGGCUGCUCGAGGAGUUUGUAAGGUCAUGUGCUUCCACCCCUGGUCGGAUGUGACACUGCCACUCAUGUCAGUCCCUGAGAUCCGAGCUGUCAUCGAUGCGUGGGCCUCAGUCACAGAAGAGCUGGGUGCCCAGUACCCUUGGGUACAGAUCUUUGAAAACAAAGGAGCCAUGAUGGGAUGUUCUAACCCCCAUCCUCACUGCCAGGUGUGGGCCAGCAGUUUCCUGCCAGAUAUUGCCCAACGUGAAGAGCGGUCUCAGCGAGCCUAUCAAGGUCAGCAUGGAGAGCCCCUGCUGAUGGAGUAUGGUCGCCAGGAGCUACUCAGGAAGGAGCGUCUGGUCCUAACCAGUGAACACUGGUUAGUGCUGGUCCCCUUCUGGGCAGUAUGGCCCUUCCAGACACUACUGCUGCCUCGUAGGCAUGUGCGGCGGCUGCCUGAGCUGACCCCUACUGAGCGUGAUGAUCUAGCCUCCAUCAUGAAGAAGCUCUUGAUCAAGUAUGACAACCUGUUUGAGACAUCCUUUCCCUACUCCAUGGGCUGGCAUGGGGCUCCCACAGGAUCAGAGGCUGGUGCCAACUGGGACCACUGGCAGCUACAUGCUCAUUACUACCCUCCACUCCUGCGCUCUGCUACUGUCCGGAAAUUCAUGGUUGGCUAUGAAAUGCUUGCCCAGGCUCAGAGGGACCUCACCCCCGAGCAGGCUGCAGAGAGACUGAGGGCACUUCCUGAGGUACAUUAUUGCCUGGGGCAGAAGGACAGGGAGACAGCAGCCAUCGCCUGACCAUGCUGACCAGAGCCUUGAAUCCUUCUCCCUGAGGGAAUUGGGUCCUGGAGUUUGGGAGAUUAGCAUCAAUAAAACUGUGCUCUCAAACUUUAAUCAUCAUAUUCUCACACUAGAGGAGUUUGAACUUUAACCUUCAGGAAUCUGGGGUUAAAAGCCAAGGGUACAGCUCCAGCCACAACUUUUCCUUGCCUGCAGAUGUGCAAAAACUUGAUGCAAAAAUUGUACCCCAAAUCUCUGAACAAAAUUAAUAUUCAGUAUUGCAUCUGGCCUAUAGAUUUCCUUGUGGUAUAAAUGGCAUUCCAUCUUAGAAAACUGUUUAAAGCUGAGUGGGGUGGCACAUACCUAUAUUCCCAAGCUAAUAGGGAACUGAGGUAGGAAGAUCCUGAGUUUGAGGCCAACCUGGGCAAUUUAGUGAGACCC